AUCCAAAUAAAUGCAUAACUAAAUACUCACUUCUAAAUUAAAUAAUUAUGACCUUUCCUACAAGUUUAACUCAGAUGAACAGCUUGGUGCGGUAACCGUCUCCUGGUUAUGGUUCAGAUAUAAAUAUGAUAUCAUGUUACAUAACAUAGAUUUUAGAGUUUAUGCCUAUUUUAACAAACUUGUAGCAAUAAUAAACAAAAGUAAACAUUGGACUGUUAUUAUAAUUAUAUGGAAUAGUUUUGUUUAUAAUAUGAUGAGUAACGAUAAUUAUAUAUUUUGUUUCAGACUAACUAAAAUGAAAGAAGAAUUUCGUACAAAAGACAUCCAACUUAAAAAGGAGCAAGAAGAAUUACGUAGAGUACAAGAGAAGCAACAGAAAAGAGACCAAGAAGACCAACUUAAAAAGGAGCAAGAAGAAUUACGUAGAGUACAAGAGGAGCAACAGAGAAAAGAUCAAGGAAUGUAUGUACAUUAGAUUUUGAUGUAUUUGUUAUGGUUUGUUAGUUGCUUACAUUUAUUUAUUUUUUUGAUUUGAUGUUUAAAUUCCAAUACUAGUAAUAACAAGUAUAACAUUAUUGCUUGUAGAGUUAUAUAUUCGUCUGUAGUUAUUUUCACAUAUCUGCUAAUAAAACAAGUUUAGUUUUAGAUCAACAGCUUGGGAAAUUGAAAAUGCACGUUCAUAUGUUACCCAACAUUAUUUUGCUUUUGAUAGAAUGUAAAAUGAUCGUAACUGAUUUAAUUGAUUUGAUUAAUGUUUUAAUUUGUUUAUCAAAAACAAAAUUAAAAUAAUAUAAUCUUCCAUGGAUUAUUUUACAGAUAUACGCAUGCACGGUGUUUUUACUUAGGUGCUCAUUCGUGUCUGAAAUAAUACACGGAGGGACAUCUGAGGCCUUCCUUCUACAGUUAGGAUGAAAUGUUGCAUUAUGCCAUCCACUGUAUUGAAUCGUUUCCACCAAAAGACGACUCAGAUAAUUGAUUGUAUUUCGAUGUUUAUUUGGAAAGGGGAAUAAUAUCAAAAUUAUUUCUCCUAUACACAAAUAUAUACAUUUAAUGUCUUCAUAGACUGUUGUAUAACUACACUUAACAUAGUAAUUGCCUUUCUCGCAUUCAGAGCUUCGAUAUUUGGCAUAUAACAUCAAGUUGUGGUCCUCUGUAUACGUUUCAUAUGUCAUGGUUAAAAUCGGUUCGUCCCUGGGUCACUUAGUGUAUGCAGACUUAUGUUUGAAAUAUUAUUGGAAUCUUCUUGUGCGAAACAAUAAUGUGAUGGGGCUAAGAUACUUUGCAUACAAUAUUGGCAUGUGAAACCUCACAAGUAUUUUAACAAUUUUGCCACAGAUUCAUAUAAAAGACCCC